AGCCAGGCUCAGGCAGGGGGCAGGGGUGGCUCGAAGCCCUGGGCCCGGUGGCCGAGGUAUAGUUGGCGGGUGGCCACGGGCCGCAGGCUGCACGUAUUCGCGAGGGGGAGAUGAACUUCUACACGAUCACAGCGCUGUAUGCGGUCUUCGGCGGGCUCGGCAUCGGCAUUUUUCUGUGGGGCAAGCCCGAUGGCAACUCAAUGUUUGACCGCCUAUACCGGCUGAUCUGCCAGCAGCUUCCCGCGGGCAUCAAGAGGGCGUUGGAGAAGUGCUGUGGUAAGCGAGCGCCCGCCUUUCUCGACUGGCUCUGGAAUUACGUCUGCUACACCAGCAACCCCAUAGUACAGGUGUUCUACCUCUGUGUGAUCGUCGGCGGCUUCCUCACUUUCGUGACCUAUGGCUUCCCGCACUUGCCGAACAGGCUCGUUGGGAGCGUCCACAAGUACACCGGCUUCGCCGUGUUUGUCGUCUGUCUGUCCGUGUGGUGGAAGGCCUGCAGCACGGACCCAGGCACGGUCACGCCGCUCAACGUGGACGACCUCUGCAAGAUCCACGAGUGGGACGACGUUAUUUUCACCAAUAUGCAGUGCAAGACCUGCGACAUCGUGAAACCUGCGAGGUCAAAGCACUGCGGGCUGUGCAACGUUUGCGUGGCGAGGUUUGACCACCACUGCAUCUGGCUGAACAACUGCGUCGGGGUCGGCAACCAUAAAUGGUUCCUCUCGUUCCUUUUCUGGCACUUGGUAUUGUGCCUCUAUGGAUUCAGCCUUGGCACUGUCUUGAUAUAUAACGUGAUAGUGGAGAAGGACCUCCAGAACGCUGUAUUUGUCGACCCCCUGACACGGCAGAAACACAAAGCCACCUGGUCAAUCAUUGGCCAGUACAUGCUCGCUUCUGAGGGUAUGAUCAUUUUUGUUAGCUUGCUUGCCCUAGUCAUGGGCUUGGUGCUGUUCGGUUUCUUCUUGUGGCACUUGAACCUCGUUCGCACUGGGAUGACGACGAACGAGCUGUCAAAGUGGAACUACGUGAAGUGGUCCCUGAGGCAAGAGGGCGAGCAGGGCAAAGAAGAGCUCAAGAAGUUGGUGAACCCAUACAACUUGGGCAUGGUCGCCAACUUCAAGGAGGUCUUCUUCAAUAUAGACGUGCACAGAAUGCCGGGCAGGGCUGGGAGGAAGGACCAGGCGCAAGCCAAGCCGCGCGACAAGAAAAAGGCCAAGAAGUCGUGAGCCACGCGACGGCCAGUCAUGCUCGCAGCGGCAGUCUCGAGCGGCAGCGACUUAGGCUAUUGGCCCUUCUUCCCUCCGUACCCCAUCCCUUCAGGAGCCAGCAGAGAUUUUUUUUUAUCCUGUGGCGUGUGACGGUCACCGCGCGUUGCGCAGGCGUUCGUGGCACGAGGCUGGCCUCGCGGAGCGGGGGGCUGUGUUCGUGUACGUGGCUGGGCGCGCACUUUUUUUGUCUACCUCCCUGCCCCUCUCCUCCCUCCCUCCCCGCCCUCCUCCUCAGUCUCGCCAUCCCCAUCGGAGUUUUCUCCGGAUCACUCGUGGCCGUCGCCGUGGAAAAGCCGUCCGUCCGUCUCUCCAUCUCCCCCCCCCUCCCCAGAGCUGACCGGGUGGCCCGUGCCUGCUCAUCUUGGAAGCGGGUCCUGGAGGCACAGGGUCCUGGCGAGUCGUGGCAUCUUGCGGCAGUGCCCUCCGUGGCGGUGGCAAGACUCGAAGGACGACGACGAGGUCGCGGGCGCAG